AUGGCGGUCCGAUCUCUUUUCCAGGCCUGCUUACUGAGCCCUUUAGUAUCUGUCGUCUCUGCAGGACCCGUCCUCGGCAAGAUCGGCUCGUUCGUGCAGACGCAGAAGCUCUCGGACCCCAACUACGGCCCUAAGCCGGGCCAGGACCCGAUAUUCAGCUCGUACUACGGCGUCGAAGCACCCUUCCCCGGAAACCUAAGAGAUGCCGUCUUGCCCACCAAGACCGGGCCGCCAGGCGAGGACGACGAGGUCUGGCAGAACCUGCUCGCGGCCGAGUGGAUAAUCUUCGACUUCUACCAGCAGGCCGUCGAGGCCUUCAACACGUCGGCCUUCGUCGCCGCCGGCUACCCGAACACGACGUACCAGCGCAUCCAAGAGAUCCGCAACAACGAGGCGGGCCACCUGCGCAUCUUCCAGAACCAGAUCUCGGCGACGUCGGUGAAGCCCGGCGCCUGCGAGCACCAGUACCCGUACUACGACCCGGUGUCCUUCCUCGCGCUGGCGACGGUGCUCGAGGUGUCCAGCAUGGCCUUCCUGACGGGCCUCGUGCAGUCGGCGAAGCUGCCGGCGUCGCAGGGCGCCAUGCUCGCGAUCGCCGAGACGGAGGCGCGGCACGAGGUCUGGAGCCUGCUCGAGAUCUGGGGCCAGAACCCGUUCGCCGGGCCCGCCGACACGACCUUCCCCUACGCGAACCAGAUCCUCGACUCCACCAACGGGUACAUCGUGCCCGGGUCCUGCCCGCCCGAGAACCCGGCCUACCCGAGCCCGCGCCAGAACCUGCCCGGUCUCAGCGCCGCCAAGGGCACGGCUUCGCUGACGCCCGGCUCGACUAUCGCGCUCAACUUCACGACCCCGGACAACCAGCCGAGCUUCGCGAAGGGCAAGGAUUACUAUGCUGUCUUCUUCCACGGCGUGUAUAAUGUGAGCGUGCCGAUUGAUACGAAGGAUUGGCCUGAGAAGGAGAUCUAUGUUACGAUCCCGGACCAGUUCGAGACGAAGGGCGUUAUUGUGGCCGUGGUGGCGGAUACCCCCGGCGCCCCGACGAAGGAGACUGUUGUUGCUGGGCCCGGUGUUAUUCUUGAGCAGCCUGCUGCGCUUGCUACGAAGUUGUUGUAA